AUGGCUACCUCAGGAGUGAAGUUGACAGUUGCAGAUGAUCAUGUUGUCAUAGAUAAUGGGAUUGUUGAAGUCACUUUAUCAAAUCCAGGGGGAAUUCUCAAGCAGAUUAAGUACGGGGGAAUUGACAAUUUGCUGGAACUCAAUAACAAAGAUUUGAAUGGAGGGUUCUGGGACCUUAACUGGAGUGAAGCAGGAGCUCCUGGAACAAGGGGAAAGUUUGAUACGAUUGAAGGAACCGCUUUAAAGGUUAUAGUUCAAAAUGAUGAGCAAGUUGAGCUCUCAUUCCCAAGAGUCUGGAGUCCUUCAGUCAAGGGAACACAAGCUCCUUUGUCUAUUGAUAGGAGGUUCAUCGUGCUUCAAGGCUUCCCUGGUUUGUACUCCUAUGCCAUUUUCGAACACUCGAAGGACAUGCCUGGUUUUAAUCUCAACACAACUAGGAUUGCUUUCAUGCUCAGCAAAGACAAGUUUCGCUACAUGGCCGUAGCUGACAACAGGCAAAGAUACAUGCCUCUUCCAGAUGACAGAGUACCACCUAGAGGCCAGCCACUUGCCUACCCUGAAGCAGUUCUUCUUGUUGAUCCAAUAGAACCAGAAUUCAAAGGCGAGGUAGAUGAUAAGUAUCAAUACUCACUUGAGAACAAAGAUAAUCGAGUCCAUGGAUGGAUAUGCUUCGAUCCACCAGUCGGCUUCUGGCAAAUAACUCCCAGCAAUGAGUUUCGAAAUGGUGGACCAUUUAAACAAGACCUUGCCUCACAUGUCAACCCAACCACACUAGCUAUAUUUCACACUUCACAUUAUGCGGGGCAAGAUCUUCUGCUGAAAUUUGAAGAUGGUGAGGUUUGGAAGAAAGUGUUGGGACCUGUUUGUAUCUAUCUUAAUUCUGCUUCCAUGGGAGCAGAAGCACCUGCUUUCUGGGAUGACGCCAAAGAACAGAUGAACAAAGAAGUCCAAUUAUGGCCAUAUGCAUUUCCAGCUUCAGAAGAUUUUCCUAGGAAAGAUCAGAGGGGAUCAGUCAGUGGCAAAUUAUUAGUAGAAGACAGGUACCUUAACAAGGAAGCCAUACCAGCAUCAGCUGCAUAUGUUGGAGUAGCAGCUCCAGGGAUUGAAGGUUCCUGGCAAAGAGAGAGCAAGGAGUAUCAGUUUUGGACCACUGUGAAUUGUGAUGGCUCUUUUGUCAUAAAGAACAUACGUCCCGGUGACUAUAAUCUUUAUGCUUGGGUGCCUGGUUACAUUGGGGACUAUAAAUAUGCAACUGAAAUCAAUAUGACAGCAGGCUCUGAAAUUGAGGUGGGUGAAAUUGUGUAUGAGCCCCCAAGAGAUGGCCCUACACUCUGGGAAAUCGGCAUCCCUGAUCGCUCUGCUGCAGAGUUUUACAUUCCUGAUCCAAACCCUAAGUAUAUCAAUAGACUUUAUGUCAAUCACCCAGACAGGUUUAGGCAGUAUGGAUUAUGGGAAAGGUAUUCGGAAAUAUACCCUGCUGAAGAUUUAGUUUACACAGUUGGUGUCAGUGACUACAGGAAAGACUGGUUCUUUGCUCAGGUUACCAGAAAAUCGGGUGAGAAAGAGUACAAGAGCACAACAUGGCAAAUCAAGUUCAAUAUUGACAAUGUUGAACAAACAGGAACCUAUAAGCUGAGAAUAGCAUUAGCAUCUGCACACAAUUCUGACCUUCAGGUUCGCGUCAAUGACGCUACAGAGAAUCCCCCACUGUUUUCAAGUGGAGUGAUCGGCUCAGAUAAUGCAAUAGCAAGGCAUGGAAUCCAUGGAAUAUAUUGGUUGUUUAAUAUUGACAUUCCAGGUUCUAAGCUAUUGAAAGGUGAUAACACCAUUUUCCUUACACAAGCAAAGAGUAACAGCCCGUUCCAAGGGGUUAUGUAUGACUACAUUCGAUUGGAAAGUCCACAGUUAUCACUGUCUUAA